AUGCCUCGAGUCCACGCCGCUUCCACCUCCAUAUCGAGCUCCAGCCCCACCUUAAAUGUAUCCGUGAUACACUUAAGUGUUGCUAAAAAGUUAGCAGCCGGCCGAUCGUAUACGGGGGUCCCACCAUUGGGUCCGUUGGUAUUACCACCAUAUAUAUCUUAUGACAUAGUGGACGACUCACCAGGGCUACCCCUUGAGAUCAAGCCUGACGAGCUAUACGCGACAGUUGGGGGCCCGGGGGAGCCCAGACUGAAGAAGAUCAGGCUGAUUGCAGACUGCGAGGAGGGAGAGAAAUGGAAGGAGGCCGCAGAGAGAUUUCAAGGUGGAAAUAAGCAGGGCACUAUGCCUGCCGCCUACAUCAAGAUAGAGGAGGAGGGGGAGGAGGAGGAUCAAGAUAUUAAAAAGCUGAAAAGGUAUGGCAGCUUGAGGGGCGCUGUUACGGGUUCGAACGAAACCAAGAAGAGGAAGACGACCAAGAAUGAUUCGAAUGAAACUAAGAGGAGGAUCAAGAAGAGCCCGCCGGCGGUUUCCAACCUUCCCUCGGAUUUCGUGCUUCCCGAUUUAACCCCCGAAGAGGUCCAGCCAAGAAGGAUGGAAGCUGCACUGAAAAACGAGGCUCUAAAGCGUGGUCUGGGCCUCAAGAGCUUGUCAUUUCAUCAUUCUGAAACGGUAUACAAGCGUGUUGAGAUGGUAGACAAGGGGACGCAAACACAUACACAAGCACUGGCAGUACUCACGGUCCCGAGAAAGAUUGUCCAAUUCACAGAGCGAUUGGUGAGGUUUUUAAGAAUACUUCGUAAGGCUAUCGAAGUACUCCCCGAGUCGCACCUUGUACAAAUUGAGGCGUACUUUGAGGUGGAUUGGAUGGUGGAGGACAUUGAGAUUGCAAUUAGGGGCGUGAUUAGCCGCAAAAACCUUGCCGAUGGUGCGAAGAAGGGCUACAAGGGCUACAAGGGCUUGACUACAAUUGCCGAUAGAUUGCCAUUCUCGAAAAACAAAACAAUUAUCGAAUUUGCGGAGAGGCUGAUGUCACUGGUGAAGACACUCUAUCAGGCGAUUGAGAUGCUCAGUGAGCCCUACCUCAUAGAAAUCGAGACACUGUUUGAUGUUGAUUGGAUGAUAGAGGAUAUUAAAAGGAUAGUCAAAGGUGUAAUUAGCUGCAAGGCCGUUCAUGAUGCGCAGUUGGAGAGCUGUUGA